AUGAUUUUCAAAAAGCAUUUUGUGAAUACUUAUAACCUCUGGGUUGUAAUCUUCGUCGCCAUUGGCACCAUAUCCAGUGCAUACGGGCUAGCAAUCAUCGGCUCGACUGUCGGACAGCCCAAUUUCUACACAUAUUUCAACUUGGCUCCGCAGGGAGAACCAGGCUAUGCCCACACGACCAACAUAAUCGGGGCCCUGAAUGGAGUCAAUUCCGCAGGUGCCAUCGCGGGAUGCUAUUUUCAAGCAUGGGCAUCCGACUUCUACGGCCGAAAACGCACUAUACAGAUCGGAUCCGUCGUGAUGAUUAUUGGCGGCGCGUUGUGUUCUGGAGCAGUCAAUAUAGCCAUGUUCCUAGUCGGUCGAUUUGUCGCCGGUCUUGGGGCUGGAAUCCUGGCAUGUGUUGUGCCAAUGUACCAAGCAGAGGUCUCGACGGCGGAGACCCGUGGCGCGAUGGUGGCUAUUACAGGUAUAAUGUAUGCGGUGGGAUACACAUUGGCAGGCUGGCUCGGAUAUGCCUGUUACUUUAUGAAGGCAACUGAUCCGCAUGCUACCUUUUCUUGGAGGUUUCCACUCGCCUUUCAAGUGAUCUCCCCGCUCAUCGUGCUCGCGGGCAGUCCAGCAAUUCCAUUCUCACCUCGGUGGUUACUACAACAAGGACGACGUGACGAAGCUUGGGAUAUUGUCCAGCGCCUACACAAGACCCCUGAUGACCCCAAUAGUAUCCACGCCCGACAAGAAUUCUACCUCAUGGAGAAACAGCACGAGUUGGACAAGUCCAUGACCACUCGCCGAUUCGAGAUUUUCCGUACCGCUGCAAACCGAAGGCGUGCUCUGAUGGCCUUUCUUCUCAUGUGGGGAGAUCAAUUCCUGGGAAUCUUCGUCAUCACAAACUAUGGCGUUUUGAUCUAUUCCGGGCUCGGUUUGACGGGGUCAGUGCCGUUGUUGCUUAAUGCAUGCUGGACAAGCUUCACAUUGAUUGGAAACACUUGGACAGCAUUCUACAUUGACCGGUUUGGCAGACGUCGCUUCAUGCUGAUUGGGUCCAUCGGUUGCAUCUGCUCUUUGAUAUUUCUAUGUUCUUUGACAGCAACGUAUCUCGGCACAGAGAACACAGCUGGGCUCAGGGCCACGGUGUUUUUCGUGUUUUUCUACUGCUUCUGGUGGUGUUUCUUCGUUGAUGCGACUCAAUACGUCUACGUUCCAGAGAUCUUCCCCAGUCAUCUUCGCACUCAAGGCGUGGCCAUUGGCCUCAGCGGCUAUUAUCUAGCGUCAGAGGUCACCUUGGUCGCAGCUCCCGUCGCGCUCAACAGCAUUGGUUGGAAAUUCUAUCUUGUUCUGAUUGUUCCAUCUGCGGUAUACAUUUGCUACAUUUAUUUUUGUUUCCCAGAAACAAAAGGGCGGACAUUGGAAGAGAUUGGAGAGCUCUUUGGCGAUGGAGACCAGGUUGCCGCUCAUUGGUAUCAUACCACAGAGGAGGAGCGCGCGAAAAUUGCUGAGGAGGCUUUACGGGAUAUGAAGCCCUCAGGAUCUGCGUCUGAUGAAGAAUUGAAACCGACAAAUUUCCAUGACGAGAAGGUUUCUUAG